AUGCUCUUUGCAGAGGACGAGUACGUUGAGCGAGUCUUUGAGGUGGAUGUACCGGAGGGCAUCACGCUUCCCGAUGUGAAGGACAAGUUGCAGCUCAGGCUGUACGGAUGGCCCAUGGGCUCCAGUGGUGCCAUCUGCUGGAGGGGUGUGCCGCGCCCAGCGUGGGCUUCGGUACACCUACUCCUCCGGGCGGCUGCGACUUUGCCCCAGCGGAGAGUGCUGGAGCUGGGUGCGGGCUGCGGUUUGUUGGCGCACACGGCCGCACUCUUGG